AUAACCUCUUAUUUGUCUUCCUUCAUUUCUCUUUGUUAUCACUUUUCCCAAGGUUAGUAUGGCAUACUACCAGCAGUAUGAGAGCCCAAGAUACCCAAAUGACUGUGAUGGUGGGUGUGGCCAACAGCAGAACUAUGGCUACGAUCAGUCUGAGUACAACUACAGUGAGCAACAGAGGUACCACAGCCUUCCACAGGGGCAGAUUGUGCGGGUCUGCUCUAAAGCCAAUCCUGACCAUGCUCUGGGUAUCAGAGAUGGAAGGGCAAUGCUUGUUUACCACAAUCCCAGUGACCCAACUCAGCAAUGGGUUGUUGGAGAUAUAAUCCCAACUACCCCGUCAAGUACAGUCAACAUCAAGACAAGAAAGAUUUGGUCAUAGAUUUGAUAAAUAUUACAUUAAAUCCUCCAACCUGUCUUCUGUCUCAUCAACUAAAUUACACAUAUUUUCAAUGAAUGUGAUUGAUAUUCAGAUUUCUGGAAGCUUCUUCUGCCAAUUCCAGAAACAUCUAAGACCUCCUUUAAUAGAGGCAUUUUGUAAUCAUUUUGAUGUGGGAAUGAAUGGAUGAAUGGAAAAUAUGGUUUGAUAAAUAAAAUGUGUCUUUCUUGUAUGCUGCUCUGUUUUCUGUUUUCUCCAUACCUUGUAUUCUGCUCUGUUUUCUCCAUACUCUGUUUUUGUGUUUUGUUUUUGUGUCUACUUCCUCCCCUAUUUCUAACAUGGGUGAAGGAUGAGUCGUGGAGCAACCGUGUGAGGGACGCAGUGGGUCACCCAGCCUUUGGACUCGUGAACAAGGCCACUGGGCAGGCCCUUCGUCAUGCCCCUGCUGCAUUUCAAGAGGUGUUGCUGACCAAGUAUGAGGCUGGGUCCUAUGAUGAGAGUGUGCUGUGGAGUGAGAGUGAGGACAUGGGAUAUGGGUACAGGACCAUAAGGAUGGUAAGUGAUAUUGGCCUCAACUUGGAUGCUUUCCAGUGUGACAGGAAGCAUGGAGGCAUCCAAGAGGGCACCAGAGCUGUGCUGUGGAAGUGGAACAAGCAGGACAACCAACUCUGGAAGAUUUCCCCUUGCUAUUAGAAUAAUUAUCAUCCUCCAUGCCAUACAUAUAAACUAUAGAUAUAUAUAGUAAAUAAGGAGGUUAACGUUGUGGGUGUUCUUAGA